AGGGCGGACUAUUGGCAAUCUCAAGGUCGGAAAUUCUGCGACUUCUGCAAGUGUUGGAUCGCUGACAAUAGAGCAAGCAUUGACUUCCAUGAAAAUGGUAAAAAACACAAGGAAAAUGUCACCAAGAGAGUUAAAGACAUAUACAAGAACAGCACCAAACAAGCCAAGAUCCAGAAGAAAUUUGAAAGCGAUCUUGAAUAUAUGGAAAAGUCACAUGCCGCUAUGGCAGCUUACGUCAAAGAUGUCGAAGGAAACACGGUUGACAUAACAGCACAGGAAAUAAUGAAGAAUAAGCGCAACAGAAUUGACGAACCUAUCGUAACGACUCCUAAUCAAGUCCCCGAGGUAUUACCAGUAACAAAUCCAAGGCACAAAUCAAGUAAAAAUCUUCCAGCGGAUGUUGAUUUUUGUGAUCCUACCACAUUUCACCGGGCUCGUGUCCCUCAGCAGCCAAAAAACAUGUCAAGUGGAAGUGGUAGCGGUGAGAAUAAACCCCAGGGGAAAAAUAAAUCCAAUCGGGAAAAAAGGAAGGGAAAAAAAGGUCAAGAGGAUGAUGUUAAGAAAAAGAGUUUCCAGAAAAUCUGGUAUGAAGCACGCAGUCCCGAAGGAUAUACUUAUUACUGGCACGUCGAAACGAAUGAAACAUCUUGGGAGCCUCCGGAGGAAGGUUUCAUGACAAUAGCAGAGCAAGAAGAAGAAGCGAGAGAACAGACAAUUCAGGCUGAAUUGUUACAGCAAAUUGACCAAGAGGAAGCGAAGGAAAAAGCUGAGGCGUUAGAAGAGCAGCGCGCUAAUGCUGAACGAGAAAAAUAUAAAGCUUUAAGGUUGCAGAAGUCCACGGAAAGUACUGAGACUGGCGAGGUUAAAGAGGAAAAAGAAGAGAUACCUUACCGAAGAGAUUACAGUGUUCCGGAUAGAGUCGAUCCCUACGGGCCGUGGACGACUGUUGAAAUAAAGCCUCCCAAAGUUGUUGACUUGCAAUUACCUGCGAAAAAGGUUAUACAAGUAGUAACGCCAGUAGUUAAGGAAACCCGGGCACCUCAAAGAACGUUUGAGGAAAAAAAAGUUACGAGGAUCUCUACUGGGGACAGUGAUGGAGAAGAAGCUCCUACGACUUCUUAA